AUGUCGUCUAUCCAGUGUCUGAACCCCAAGGCCGAGCUCGCUCGACCACGCCGCCGCCCUCGAGCUGAACACAGCGGGGCCUGUGGCCUCCAGGGAAGUGAUGCGCUCCAACCUUGGACCGAAGGGCACGAUCAAGAUCUGACGAAGGACGGCGAACGUGCUGCUCCACGAGAUGGCCAUUCAGCACCCAACGGCGUCACGAUUGCCAAGGCGUCGACGGCUCAAGACGACGUCACCGGAGAUGGGACCACGUCGACGGAGAACCACGUGCUGGAGGGUACAUCCUCGUCUGAUCACCGAGGGCUUCGAAUGGGCCAACUAAAAACGAUGGAGCUUUUGGAGAAAUUCAAGGUAACAAAGGAGAUUGACUGCGAGACGCUGAUCAACGUGGCGCACCCGCUGCGAACCAAGCUGGAACCAGAAGCUCGCCGACCAUAUUACGGAUUGUGCUUGUCGACGCCGUGCUCACCAUCCGAGAUGAUGCAACAUGAAAGUGAUAUGGACACGACCCUAGUUCGUGGUCUCGCUUUGGACCUAUGGAGCUCGUCAUCCGGAUAUGCCGCGACACGUCGAGAACGCCUACAUCUUGACGAGGUAAACUCCGGUCUCUUCACAAAUCGGCUACGGAACGCGAGAGAGAAGCUACUGGCUGCUGAACGUGACUUCAUCACCAAGCGCGUUGAGCGUAUCAUCGAGUUGAAGAAACCGGUCUGCGGUGAUGAGACUGACCCGAAGAAGCGCAAGGGCUCGUCGUCAUCAACCGGAAGGGAAUCGAUCCGCCGUCGCUGGAUCUACUGGCGUCGGCUGGUAUUAUGGCUCUGCGACGUGCCAAGAGGAGAAACAUGGAACGCCUCCAGCUGGCUGUUGGUGGAGAGGGAGAGGACAACAACAACCUUCGUCGAGGACUGCAAGGAUCCAAAGUCAGUCACACUGCUGCUGAAGGGCCCAAACAAGCACACCAUCGUCCAGACUGGCGAUGCCAUUCACGAUGCUACAGUGCUUCCUGGAGCUGGCGCUGGGGAGAUUGCCGCUUACUGUAUGCUCAAGGAUGAGAUAAAGAACCUGAAGGGGCGUGCAAAGCUCGGCGCUGAGGCCUACGCGACGGCGCUUCUCGUCAUCCCAAAGACGUUGGCGGUCGAGGAACUACAAAAGAAUCCGGAUCAGGCGAUUGGCCUCGACAUUGACACCGGUCUCCCAGCAAACCUGAUGUG